GUGGAGGGGACCUAGAUCCCUCUGCAUGGGAAGUCCAGGGUCACUUCUCUUUUUUUCCCCCAUUGAAUGCUGCACGGUCUUAAAAAGGAGGGUCAAGGCUGCGAGCAGGUGACAUCCUGGAUAAAUACAGUAGGGUCUGAGCUUGUGGAGUUCACUGGAGUGACACGAUUUCUGGAGCUUACUGGCAUUCUGCGGAUACUUUUUCCUUCAUAAUGUUUCCUCUGGAAGAGAUUAGCACUUGCUCCAGUUACCGGGAUCCUCACACUAUCCUUUAUAACAUCUUGAGCGGGAGCGAGAGCGGCUACCUCAACAACAAACUGAAGAAGCGUAACGCCACAAACUGCCGCUGUGAACAGAGGAGGACAGUUUGCCUAAAGGACCCAGACUCCACCUGCCAGGUGGCCUCCAGCGUUCUGGUCAAAACCAUCUGCUUCGUGAGAAGUUUACCGUCAUUCAGUCAGCUUCCAUCAGGAGAUCAGUCAUCACUGUUAAGACACUGCUGGGUUCCUUUAUUUGUUCUGGGGCUUGCCCGAGAAAAGAUAGUCUUUGAGGUGACUGAUGUGCCAAAUUCAAGCAUCCUCAGACAGAUUCUUCUCGGACCAGGACUCCCUGGAAAGGAGUCAGAGCAGCCAACUCUUGCUGGAGUCCACAAAUUGAGAUCUUGCUUGCAUCAGCUGUGGGAUCUGGAUCUCAGUCCAAAGGAGUAUGCUUACCUAAAGGGUGCUUUGUUGUUUAACCCAGCUAUUCAGGGAUUGAGCGCCUCGUUGUUCGUUGAAGGCCUCCAACAGGAAGCUCAGAGAGCUCUCCAAGAAGUCAUCCACCUCCUGCACCCCAACGACGCCCCUCGCUUCGGCCACGUCCUCAGAGCAGCCGCCACCGUUCAGACCAUCAGCCACGGCCUGGUCACAGAGCUCUUCUUCAAGCCAGUUAUUGGCAACACAAAUAUGUUACAUUUAUUAACAGAGAUGUUGUUUGUGCAAUGAUAAUAAGUGUUGUAAUAUGGACUUUUAUACAGUGAUGGUUGAAAAGAUUAUCAAAUAAACCUUUUAAUACCUUC